CAGAUCACUGCCUUUUACUGGAGCCUGUGACCAACACACACUGAAAGAACAUCUCAAACACGCUCGUUAGAGACUGGAGGAAGAGGACCAGGACGAGGAGUGUGUGGAAAUCUGUUUCUGAUGCGAGCAGCUGAGAGGUAAACAAACCCUCUCUCUCUCUCUCACACACACACACACACACGGUGUCUCUCUCGGUCUCGUGGACACGCAUGGAUGCUGCCGUGUGACUUAUGGACAGAGGUGAGGAGGUGACGGAGAGCGGGAGACGAGGAGACACACAGAUGUGGACGUCUCACUACAGACCUGGGUGUGUAGAGUGAAGUGGAAGGAGGCUCAUGGCUUCCUUGUGGAGCCUGGGCCAGCUGGGGUGGCUGGGUCUCAUUCUGGCCCUCAUGGCCCUGCCACACCCAUGUCAGGGUUGCCCACCGCGCUGUGACUGUGUGGCGCAGCUCCGCUCCGUGUCCUGUCAGCGUAAACGUCUGUCCGGAGUACCAGAAGGCAUCCCCACAGAGACCAGACUGCUGGAUCUCAGUCGGAACCGCUUGCGCUGGGUGGCACCGGGUGAUCUGGCCCCUUACCCGCGUCUGGAGGAGCUCGACCUAAGUGAAAAUCUCAUUACAACACUAGAGCCCAAUGCCUUCGCCAGCCUGCAAACGCUGCGUACUCUGAGCCUCAGAGGAAACCAGCUGAAGCUUGUGCCCAUGGGAGCAUUUGCACGACUGUCGAACCUCACAACACUGGACCUGAGUGAGAACAAGAUUGUCAUUCUGCUGGACUUCACCUUCCAGGAUCUGCGCAGUCUCAAAAAUUUGGAGGUGGGUGAUAAUGACCUGGUCUACAUAUCUCAUAAAACGUUCUCAGGAUUGUUAGGUCUAGAAGAUCUCACCAUCGAGAGGUGCAACCUGACGUCCAUCUCAGGCCAGACGCUCUCAUACCUGCAUAACCUUGUCACCCUUCGAUUACGCCACCUGAGUAUCUCAGCCCUCGAGGACCAAAAUUUCCGCAAGCUGUCAGCUCUGAGAGGACUUGAAAUAGACAACUGGCCCUACUUGGAGCACAUCUCACCUCUGAGCUUCCUGGGGCUCAACCUCUCCUGGCUGUUCAUCACCUACACGAAUAUCACCUCCGUGCCGUCUGCAUCCUUCCGAAACCUUGCUUACCUGACGUCGCUCAACCUCUCUUACAACCCCAUCUCUGUGCUGGAGCCCUGGGCCUUCCGAGACCUGAUCAGACUGAAGGAACUAGUCAUGGUCAGCACCAAUUUGCUCACGGUAGAACUUCAUGCCCUCGGAGGCUUGAGGCAAAUCAGAGUUCUGAACUUGUCCAACAACGAGCUAGUCACUCUUGAGGAGAGCUCAUUCCACUCUGUCAACAGUCUGGAGACUCUGAGGGUGGAUGGAAACCCGCUGUCCUGCGAUUGCCGGCUUCUUUGGAUUCUUCAACGCAGACGUACCUUAAACUUUGACGGAAAGAUGCCAGUGUGUGCUGGCCCCGCAGAGGUGCAGGGAUACAUGCUGAGCACCUUCACUGAUUCGGCGUUGUUUGAUUACUUCACCUGUCAAAAGCCAAAGAUACGGAAUCGGAAGCUUCAACAGGUGACUGCACAGGAAGGCCAACCGGUAUCAUUCCUUUGUCGGGCCGAAGGUGAGCCGGCGCCUGCUAUCAUAUGGAUCUCACCGCAGAGGCGAAGAAUAACUUCCAAAAGCAACGGGAGGAUCACGGUGCUUCCGGGUGGAACGCUGGAGAUCCGUUACGCACAGAUCACAGACAGCGGCACAUACAUCUGCAUCGCCAGCAAUGCUGGCGGCAAUGACACCUACUUCGCUACACUAACAGUGAAAGGCCAGCCGCUGGACUCUGUGCUGUUUGGCAACCGCUCCUUGUAUGCGGUUGAUUUCAACGACACCGGUCUCAACAGCACACGUGUUUUCCUGAAGUUCACGCUGGAUCUCACCACCAUCCUGGUGUCGACAGCGAUGGGCUGCAUUACGUUCCUGGGAGUCGUGCUGUUCUGUUUCCUGUUGUUGUUUGUGUGGAGCCGUGGACGUGGUCAACGCAAGAAUAACUUCACAGUGGAGUAUUCCUUCAGGAAAACAGAAGGACCCACCACCACUGCAACUUCUGGAGGGACACGGAAGUUUAACAUGAAGAUGAUAUGAAACAACGCAGCCAGGGGCCCGAUGGGGGAAGCAUAGAUGCCCAACAUUAACACACACAGUGCUGACUCAGUGCAGAAAUACACACGCCAGGUUUCAAUAUGGUCUUAAAAUGUAAGGCAACCUUGAUCUCACUGCCUUUCGAAGCAUAUUGAUAUUUCUAUUGCAGCUGAUGGUGAUACAAUACGGUAACAUGAUAAGUGACUUUUCAGCCCUUUUGGCAGAAAUCUCAGAUCUACUUUCAGGUGAUUCUCAUGAAACUUAUGAAGAAAAUAUCCUGGUCUGAUUUUACUCAAAAUUAAAAUAUAUAUAUAUAUAUAUAUACUUCCGGUCAAAAGUUUUGAAACACUUACUCAUUCUUUAUUAUAAUUUUUUUCACAUUUUAGAAUAAUAGUAAAGUCAUCACAACUAUGGAAUAAUAGAAAUGGAACUUUGGGAAUUAUGUUGUGACUAAACAAAAUCCAAAAUAAAUCAAAACUGUGUUAUAUUUGAGCAUCUUCAAAGUAGUCACCCUUUGCCUAGAAUUUGCAGACAUGUACUCUUGACAUUUUCUCAACCAACUUCUUGAGGUAUCACCCUGGGAUGCUUUUUAAACAGUAUUGAAGGAGUUCCCAUCUAUGUUGGGCACUUAUUGGCUGCUUUUCUUUAUUAUUUGGUCCAAGUCAUCAAUUUCAAAAACAUAAUAAUUUUAAAUUACAUUUAAGUUUUAUAAUUAAAUAAAUUA